AUGUACGGAGGCCAGCGAUGCAUCCCCGGGAACAUAAUCGUGCGGCAGCGGGGCACCGAGUUUCAUCCCGGAGCAAAUGUCGGCAUGGGCAAGGACCACACCCUUUUUGCUUUGAUCCCCGGCAACAUCAAGUUCAGCUUCGACAAGCGACGAAAACGGAGAAUGGUGGCCAUCCUGCCUCCAGAGACGGCGAGUGCCAGCGUCUCAGCAACCGCUUGA